GUCCAAUCGUGUAUCACUUUGCGCCGGCCAGCAAUAGCGAACAGGCGAGGACAGGCUGAUUUGUUGCAAAAGCAAAAACACAUAUUUCUCCCGCACUAGAUUCAAGUAUUGUAUUUGUGCGGCUAAGAAUAAGGACUUCUAACAAUGUGGAGCGCUUUAUUGAAAUCGUUUUUAUUUUUCUUUAUUUUGAAAUUAUUUGUCGCUGUGGGAAAUGCGUAUCCUACUGGUUCAGAUAUACAUCCUACGAGAGAUAAUAUAAUGGCAUCCAUAAAUGACAAAGCUACAUCAGUUACUACAUCUUAUGAAUGUGUUUACAUACCACCGAAUUUAGAUUUUUGUAAAGUCAGUUCUAAAGAAAAUCAGUGGAACUCUCUCAAUUUCUCAGAGAACUUUCACAAAUUGUUGGAAAAUAAAAAGCUGAAAUUGAUGGAGAGUAAAAUAAAUGAAAUAUUCAUGUCACACCGAAUGAUGCAUGUCCCAGAAAUGAAAAACGUCCAAAAGAAACCAUUAGCACAAACUAUAAUAUAUAAACUACAAAAUUGCAUACCGUCAAGAUUACCAUUUAUUCUACCUUGGUGCACCGAUGAAGAUUUCUCCAAUAAAAAGAGCAUAUACCAGAUAUACCCGAUUGCACAUAACAUAGUUGGUUUAAAAGAACCGUUAUAUGACUUUUCUAAGUUUUUCAAAAAAAUUUAAAUAGUAUCAAAACCGAUAUAAUUUUAGUGACGUACACUAUUGUGGGAAUUAACUGAUAAAUUGAAAUAUUAUAUAUAGUUGUGUUAUUAAAUUUAAUAACUUCUUACUCUUUUUAUUAACGAUCAUUUCGUUAAUAAAUCCACUGUAGAUGAAUUAAAAGGAAAAUAGAUGCAUACACUAUCAAAUUAUAGUAUAAGAAUUAAAAAGUAUAUUUCGUAAAGAUAAAUAUUUUUUUAUAUAGCAUUAAGCAAUUUUUCACCAUAGACUGUAUGUAUUUAAUACGAUAAUAGUGUAAGAGUGAUACAAUAAUGUGAUCAUUGAUUCUGUCAUUAUUUAACACAAUAUUUUUGAUAGCAAUAUUAAUGAAAAUAAUAAAUUGAUCUUAUACAA